UCUCCAUCAUUUAUAAGUAAUGUAUUUACACACAGGUCAUGUUGAAACAUAGUGUAAAUGCCUUGCAAUUGGCCUACCGAACGAUCACAUUAUUUCCUUGUUCACAUUCCGUUUCAGAUGGUUUGGGCCAAGACCACAGACAUUGGAUGUGGAGUUGCGAGUUGUCCAAAGUACGGUCUAUCAAUCGUGUGUAAUUAUGGUCCAGGUGGUAAUUGGAAUGAUGAGAAACCAUAUGAAGUGAAAUCACGUGAAUUGUGCCCGAAAAUGCAGAAUAUUCCUAAAGGCAGUUUCAAAACGAUGCAUGAUAAUACACAGCGUGCACCAUUAUCAAUGGUGAAUGUCAACCACAAGUUCUCAACGACCGGUUCAAGUGGAAUUAGAGUUCACAAUCAACCCUCUACAGGUUUGCAAAGACCGUUGGAUGACAAAAGCCUCGAAAUACUCGAACUGCAUAGAAAAUACAGACAGGAUUUAGUUGAUUGUAAAGUUGAUGGACAACCUCCAGCUAAAUAUAUGUCACCAUUGAAAUGGAAUUACAAUCUGGCUGCACAAGCACAAAAAUUGGCGAUCAAUUGCACCUUGCAACACGACAAACGUCAUUCGGAUGAAUUCCGUUGGGUUGGACAAAAUAUUGCUCUCGGUCCAACCAUUAAGUCAGGAGUAGAUGCUUGGUUCAAUGAGCACAAAUUAUACGACUACAAUCACAACGACUGUAUGAAAUGUUUGCAUUACACACAAAUGGUUUGGGCCAAGACCACAGACAUUGGAUGUGGAGUUGCGAGUUGUCCAAAGUACGGUCUAUCAAUCGUGUGUAAUUAUGGUCCAGGUGGUAAUUGGAAUGAUGAGAAACCAUAUGAAGUGAAAUCACGUGAAUUGUGCCCGAAAAUGCAGAAUAUUCCUAAAGGCAGUUUCAAAACGAUGCAUGAUAAUACACAGCGUGCACCAUUAUCAAUGGUGAAUGUCAACCACAAGUUCUCAACGACCGGUUCAAGUGGAAUUAGAGUUCACAAUCAACCCUCUACAGGUUUGCAAAGACCGUUGGAUGACAAAAGCCUCGAAAUACUCGAACUGCAUAGAAAAUACAGACAGGAUUUAGUUGAUUGUAAAGUUGAUGGACAACCUCCAGCUAAAUAUAUGUCACCAUUGAAAUGGAAUUACAAUCUGGCUGCACAAGCACAAAAAUUGGCGAACAAAUGCAUCUUGCAACACGACAAACGUCAUUCGGAUGAAUUCCGUUGGGUUGGACAAAAUAUUGCUCUCGGUCCAACCAUUAAGUCAGGAGUAGAUGCUUGGUUCAAUGAGCACAAAUUAUACGACUACAAUCACAACGACUGUAUGAAAUGUUUGCAUUACACACAAAUGGUUUGGGCCAAGACCACAGACAUUGGAUGUGGAGUUGCGAGUUGUCCAAAGUACGGUCUAUCAAUCGUGUGUAAUUAUGGUCCAGGUGGUAAUUGGAAUGAUGAGAAACCAUAUGAAGUGAAAUCACGUGAAUUGUGCCCGAAAAUGCAGAAUAUUCCUAAGGGCAGUUUCAAAACGAUGCAUGAUAAUACACAGCGUGCACCAUUAUCAAUGGUGAAUGUCAACCACAAGUUCUCAACGACCGGUUCAAGUGGAAGUAGAGUUCACGAACUUCGCCCUCAAAUUCAACCUAUUCCUUUAAAUAUUUUUGGAAAUAAUGGUCGUAAUACCCGGAUUAUAUCGACUUUCGGAAACGAAAAUAAACAUAUGUUUUCAAAGAGCGUUCGUGAUGGUAGUAGCCUUGUCUAUGUACAAGGACAGCAUAAUAAUAGAAGCGUACGAUACAGGAAUUGAUUGAAUUUAC